CGCUUGAUAAAUAUUUUUCCAUUAAAAAAUUAUAAAAUUAAGUUAUUCACUGGUAUAUUCACUAUUCAUAUAACACUGGAAUAACCCUAUUUACAGAUAUUUUAAAUCAAGAUGUUUGGAUCUACACUUGCAGCACAACCAAAUUUAUUGCCUACUCCAUUAAUUUAUGCCCCACCCGUGUUCCCUCAGGGAUUACAGGAAAUGAGGGUGAAAGAUAUGUAUCACGAUUCUUGCGCGCCCUAUGUCUUUCCUCCAAAUAAUCGUUUUCGAAGAAGAGCACUGAAGAAAACGAAAAAAAUCAACAACGUUAACAAAGUGGGAAGUGACUCAAAUUCUUUAAACAUUCAGAAUGAUACCGGAACUAUAAAUGAGUCAUGCAAUAGUUUGUUAACCAAUAAUCAAAAGUUAGACGAAUUGAAAGUUCCUUCAGAAAUGACAAAACCUCUUUAUUGUGAAUUGUGUUGUGCGAAACUGAAUGGAAGUUUACAGGCUAGUGCACAUUACGAGGGAAAAAAUCAUGCAAAGAAAGUUCGACAAUAUUUGGAUCAUUUGAGGCAGACAAAAGGCAUUCAAGAUGCCAUUCCAAUCCCAAGUGACAAAUCAAAAGUGAAAGACAAAAAGAAUUCGAAACCGUUAGAAGUUUAUUGUAAAUUGUGUGAUGUUGCAUUUACUUCUGAUAUUCAAGCAAAACAGCAUUAUAAUGGAAGAAAUCAUCAGCGGAGGCUUCGUGGCGAACCGCCGUUGCCGAAAGGAUUCUUUAAUCCUCUUACAGGAAAGUGGCAAAGGCAACCUCCAGUAGGUGUGCCGUAUUACAUUCCUACUCAACAGAAGAAGCCACAAAAGUAUUCAUGUGAUUUAUGCAAUGUUAGUAUGACAUCUCAAGAACAAUACAACUCUCAUUUGUAUGGAGCUAAGCACAGAUCUAAAGUUGCAGCACAAAAUAAUCCUGUUUCUUUAGCAUUUCCUACUGUUGAAACAAAUGAUGAUUUAAUUUGGAAGUUCAUGAGAAAUUUGUCAAUCGGAGAAAGGACGUCAAUGACAGAUAAGAUAACGGAAUCAAAAUUUCGUUUUCGUGAACUUGGAAUUCCUAAAGAAACUCGAAAAUAAGAUUUUAUUCAUAUACGACUGUAAACAUUUUUACAAGAGAAUAUGUAAUUGUAUUUUGAGUUACUUUUCUAUUCAAAAUUGAUCUUAAAUAAAUUUUGUGACUUAAUUUUUUAUAUAAAAUUUAAAUACUUUGCAUUGUAAUCAUUACUGCUCUAAUAAAGAAAACACUAGAUAAUCAUAAGUAUAGAUCAUUAGAAUGAGGUUUUGGCAUAGUUGCAAAUAUAUUUUAGUCAUUAAAUAAAACUGACUGUAUGUCAUGUUAGAUUUCUUUAAUGCUUAUUUGGCAAAUGGCUCUGAACAUAAAUUUUUCUAAAUAAAUUCUAAUAUUAGAAUAACAACCUAAACAUAAAUAAAUCAAAUGAUUAUCAUCAACACAGCCUGAAGUAAUUUAGUAAAUACUGUAUUGGUGUGUACAAUUUUCUUCAAUAUCAUCAUUGUCAUCUUACACUAAAUCAUCAAGUAAUUUUGUGCAUCUGAUCUUAUAAAAAUUUCAUGGCUGUUCUGCCAAAAAACUACAAGAUUAAUCAAGGAAGAUAUGGAAGUAAACCUUAUAAAGCUGUUGGAAUCAUAAACUUGAUAAUGUGAAAAUUUCUUUUAUUUACAGAAUGUACUCAUUACAUUUGUUGUUUGUGUUGCAGAAAUGAGGGCAAGAUAGUUAUGAAAAAUAACAAAUAGAUUUAAUAGUGUAAAUGUUGCAUAUGACUUAGUAUUGAAACAUUUUUGAAUUAGAUUGACAGAAUUACUCCAGAAUAUUUGUUUUAUUGAUGGAGAAAAAACACGAUCAAGCAAUCUUUGUAGUAGUUCAUAUUCAGUAUUAAGCCAUUGAAUUUUUCUUAAUUAUUUGAUCAUUAAAUAUGUCUAAGAUGAUCAUAUUUUAGUGUUAGAUUAAAGACACUUCUAAUAAUUCGAUCGAUGUAAGGGUUUACAUCGAUCAAAUCGUCAUUCAUAGAACUUUUUCUAUC